UUUCAUUCUCUUCACACCUUUCUCUCUCUCCCUCUUCAAGAUUUUUUGUGUCAGAAACAAGUACAAUAUAUAUAUAAUUUUCCUCAACUUUGUACUUCUUCUUUCCUUUGUGUCAGAAGAAAAUCUUUCAUCCUUUCUCCUUUUUCAAACAACCCUAAUUUGAUCCCACCAUGUCUUCACAUGAUAAUCAAAAAUCACUCAUACCCACAAAUCCUACUAAUACCCAUCUCAAGAUCCAACUUGCCUAUCAAUUUCUUCACAAUCUAAACAAUCUUAACACAAAAAGAUCAAAUUUUGACAACACCCAAUUGAAGAUCAAUAAAAGAUCUCAUCGUGUCAAGAUCGCGGCCUAUGCGUCAAUGGCUUCCGUGGUAGGGACAAGAAGAGCUUGGAGCCGCACGAUUUUAUGGAGGAUUAGAACCCGAGGCACGUUAACAAGAAACAAGAAACGGGUUGAUCAUAAAACUAGCCGUGUUCGUGUUCAUAACCGUGUUCACAAGAGAAGAAACCCUAAUUGUUUAAACCCUAAAAGAGAAUACGUUGUUGACCCGUUUGGGAAUUCGGGUCAAGAAGUGAAGCUGAGGAAGCUUGUGCCUGGUUCUGAAAAAAUGGAUGCAUGUUGUUUGUUGGAUGAAACUGCUGAUUAUAUUAAGUGUCUUGCUACUCAGGUAGAGGUCAUGAGAACUUUGGUUGAUUUCUAUUCUACCAUCUAAAUAUAUGUAUAUAUAUGUAUAUAUAUAUGCAUACAAUGAAUGAUACACACACAUAUAUAUAAA